GUUUGGCACUUUGAAUUCUCUAUUUCCCAAAAAUCAAUCGCACUCUUUCUACAAAAACCAUCUUCCAAUUCCAUUCCAAUGCUUCCCUAAAACCCUAAUCCAUCUACCAUAACACCUCCAAACACCGUCAAUGGAAGACACUGAUGGAAGUUUGAGCUUCGAUUUUGAAGGCAACCUCGACACUAUCCCUAACAUCCCUACUGCCUCUAAUCCCGUCAUCCAACCUGACCCAAAUGCCGCCCCUUCCGCCGGAGCCGCCGUCGCAACUGGCGGUUCUGCCCCUGCUGACCAGUCUUCAGGGCAAGGCAAUCGGCGCAGCUUCCGGCAAACCGUUUGCCGCCAUUGGCUUCGCAGCCUGUGUAUGAAGGGGGAUUCCUGCGGCUUCCUUCACCAAUACGACAAGUCUCGGAUGCCCGUCUGCCGGUUCUUCAGAUUGUAUGGCGAGUGUCGUGAGCAGGAUUGUGUUUACAAGCACACCAAUGAAGAUAUUAAAGAGUGCAACAUGUACAAAUUGGGUUUCUGUCCAAAUGGGCCAGACUGUCGUUACCGACAUGCAAAGCAGCCUGGACCUCCGCCUGCUGUUGACGAAGUACUUCAGAAGAUCCAGCAACUCACCUCAUACAGUUAUGGUGCCUCAAAUAGAUUUUCUCAACAACGGAAUACAAAUUAUUCUCAGCAAGCAGACAGAUCGCAGUUUCCACAUGGUGCUAACACUGCAAAUCAAGGUUCAGUCCCAAAAUCUAUAGCAACAGAGUCUUCCAACAUACAGCAACAAUUACAGCAGCCUCAUCUGGCUGGUCAGGACAACAUACAAAAUCUUCCCAGUAAUUCAUCUAAUCAAACAGGCAGGACAGCUACUCCACUUCCUCAAGGGAUAACUAGGUAUUUUAUUGUGAAGAGCUGCAAUCGUGAAAACUUGGAGUUAUCUGUUCAACAAGGUGUAUGGGCUACCCAAAGAAGCAACGAAGCCAAAUUGAAUGAAGCUUUUGAUACUGUUGAGCAUGUAAUCUUAGUUUUUUCUGUUAACCGUACUCGACAUUUUCAGGGCUGUGCAAAGAUGACAUCAAAAAUUGGUGAGACUGCUAGUGGUGGUAACUGGAAGCAUGCACAUGGGACAGCGCAUUAUGGGAGAAAUUUCUCAGUCAAAUGGUUAAAGGUGUGUGAGCUGUCUUUCAACAAAACUCGGCAUUUGAGGAAUCCUUACAAUGAGAAUUUGCCAGUGAAGAUUAGUAGAGAUUGCCAGGAGCUUGAGCCUUCUGUUGGGGAGCAGCUGGCUUCCUUGCUUUAUCUUGAACCUGACGGUGAACUUAUGGCGACUCUAGUUGCAGCUGAAUCCAAACGCGAAGAAGAGAAAGCGAAAGGAGUUGACAUAGAAAAUGGAGCUGAGAAUCCAGACAUAGUUCCAUUUGAGGACAAUGAAGAGGAGGAAGAGGAGGAAGAAAGUGAAGAAGAAGACGAGAGUUUUGGUCAGGCACCUGGGAGUCUUGCUAUUCAAGGCAGAGGAAGGGGAAGAGGGAUGAUGUGGCCACCAAAUUUUCCCAUGGGUCGUGGAGGUAUGCGUCCCAUGCCUGGGAUGCGGGGCUUUCCUCCUGGCAUGAUGGGGGUGGAUGGUUUCAACUAUGGACCUGGACCUGACAACUUUCCAAUGCCUGAUCCUUUUGGCAUGAGUCCUCGUCCUUUCGUGCCCUACGGCCCAAGGUUCUCCGGUGAAUUUACAAAUCCUUCACCUGGUAUGAUGUUUCCUGGUCGGCCUUCACAACCUGGAGGGGUACAUCCUGGUGGUGGGUUUGGGAUGAUGAUGGGCCCUGGGCGUGCUCCAUUCAUGCCCGGAGGAAUGGGUAUCGGUGGGAGAGGUGGUCGACCAAUGGGUAUGCCUCCUAUCUUUCCUUCCCAGCCUGGACCACCUCAAGGUGGCAAUCGGGGUCCUAAGAGGGAUAUUAGAGGAUCAGGUAGUGAUUGGGGUGAGACAUUUGGAUCAGGUCUAGAUCAAGGGAAGUUGCAGGAUAUGAGUGGACGUGGUGAUGACUCAUCAAAUCAAGGUGCUGAAAAAUUUGUCUCUCGAAACAAUCUCACAAAUGAUGACAGCGAAAGUGAGGAUGAGGCUCCUAGGAGGUCAAGACAUGGUGAGGGAAAGAAAAAACGUCGAAGCUUGGAUGGUGAUGUGCCUGCUUUAGACCCAUGAAGAUGUCAUUACAUGGUGAUGAUGAUGCACGGUCAACAAUAAUGGAACGAUUCUAUUGUCGUGGAUAUUGAACCCCGUGAAACACCUUCAGCUUAUCACGACCUCACUGUAGUUAUUUCAGCUCUACUUAAAUCGUCCCGAAGUGAUGGGGGUACGGGGUAAAAGAUCAGCAUAAUUUCUUACAGUACUAAAUAUUAACUUUUUCUCAUAGUUUUUGAAGGCUAGAAAAUCUCAGGAAUUUGUGUUUUGUACAUUGUAAAAAUGUGUGCACGAAGAUGUGCAAUGGACGGUGAUAGACUGAUAGAUAGAACGUUAGAUUGAUGGUCUAGUGUUACUGGUGUUGAUUGACUUAAUUGAUUGUCUUGGUCGUAAACAUCACUGUAAUCUUUUUAUUUUUACAUGCUGUAUAAUUUUGAUUAACA